CAGGGUCAAACAGUCUCUCCCAUUUAGUUCUUAUCAAGAAUUGGUUUGGACGCUAAAUAAUGACGAAUAAGUUUGCGUUCGUAGUUGUUGUCUGGGUUUGCAUGACAAUUCAGGUUUAUAGUGCUGGAUGCCAUGUGGGAUGGAUUCGAUUUCAAAACAAAUGUUACUGGUUCAGCCAUGACUCAAGACCAUGGGGAGAAGCAGAGGGAAUUUGCUCCGUAUUUCACUCGAAACUGGCAGAACCAAUGACCGACGCAGAGUCUAACUUUCUGAUAAGUCACAGCCAAAUCCAACCUUCAGACUACUGGAUUGGUAUAUCCGACAUGAUAGAGGAAAAUAGAUGGAUUUAUUCUUCCAAUCAAAACGUCAUACAAGUGAAUGGAUGGAAUCCAGGAGAACCGAACGGACACACCGGGGAGAACUGUGUAAUAUUAGGAAGAGGGGUACAUGGAAAAUGGAUUGAUGUUGGAUGUGGAAAUAAUUAUAGAUUUAUUUGUGAGGCUGAGGUUGAGGAAAUCGACGGAAUAGUGGGUUAAACACUGAGAUGUUAUGUAUUGUCAAAAUAAAUUUGUGCAUAUUGCAUGUCGA